GGCACAGAUACAGAAGGGAAGAAGUGAUGUUUUCAAUCCAAAAUUUUCAACCAUCUUCUCAUGUCACUGCUAAAAAGAGUUUAGAUCUCACAUGCACACGUCGAUUUUCUCGCCUUCGUAGCUUUUUGUGUGGGAACGGUGCCUGUCGUGAUUACCCGGACGCAUUUAUACGGUGUUAUCACCAUCUCCGGCAUUAGGGUUUUGAAGCUUCGUCUUUGUAAUGGGCCUUGGCAAUGACAACGACGUGGUCGUUGACGACGGCGAUGAAGGUGGUGCCGAUACCGGCGGUGCAACCAAGUCAUUUGGCUCCAUUUCUUGCUCUAUUUGUCUCGAGGUCGUUGCUGACAAUGGGGAUAGAUCGUCGGCCAAGCUUCAAUGCGGCCAUCAAUUUCAUCUCGAUUGCAUUGGUUCAGCAUUUAACGUAAAAGGGGCUAUGCAAUGUCCUAAUUGUCGGAAGAUUGAGAAAGGUCAGUGGCUAUAUGCUAAUGGUUGUCGGUCAUAUCCAGAAUUUAGCAUGGAUGAUUGGGCGCAUGAUGAGGACCUUUAUGAUCUUAGCUACUCUGAAAUGUCUUUUGGAGUACACUGGUGCCCAUUUGGUAGCUUGGCACCACCUCCUUCAUCUUUCGAGGAAGGAGACCUUUCGUCUACUGCAUAUCAUGAUGUACUGGGACAACAUGCUAUGUUUGCCGAACAUACAGCGGUAUCAUCUGCUAGCCAUCCAUGCCCAUAUAUUGCUUACUUUGGACCUGUGCAUCCCUCCUCAUCAAACUCUGGCGGAACUGUUUCAGAAGCGUCUAACUACAAUCAUUGGAAUGGCUCAUCUUUACCUAGUGAGAUGCCAACCUCCUAUACAUUUCCUGCUAUGGAUCUUCAUUAUCAUAGUUGGGAACACCAUUCCUCUACUUUUCCUCCGGCCAGCAGCCGUGUAGGCACUUUUGAUCAACCCUCAUUAUCAACUAUUAAUCAAAGGCCAGGCAGGGGUGGUUCAGACGUACCAAGAUCAAGGUCUUUUAUGCAUCCCUUCCUUGUCGGCCACAGCUCUGCUGCUAGAGCUGGUAGCUCUCUCGCUUCAUCAACAAUCCCUCCUUAUCCUGGAAGCAACGCUAGGGCCCGUGAUAGAGUUCAGGCUCUCCAGGCCUAUUAUCAACAGCAUCAGCCAACUGACUUACCCGCCAUGCGGGUACCUAUUGUUUCUGGAACCCGAAGAUCAAACGGUCAUAAUAGAGGACCAGCCCAAUUAGGACAAGUGACCACGUCAUCGGACCAAAUUGGCUUCUUUUUCAUCCCAUCUGGUUCAUCAGGACGCAAUUUUCAGGAAGAAAACCAUAUAGCUAGCCCCUUCCAUGCUCGGGAAAGAGAUCACUUGCCCUCGUCAUCAAUGAACCAUACUGAUUGGGAUUCUGGUUGGGGAGCACAGCACGAUGCUGCCAGCGGCUCAGACACUGGUAACAGGUCCAGCGGUUUUCGAUUAAGGAAUGGAUCGGAGAGAUUGCCUUCACAUAAUCGGUGAUGCACUUUUAAGGUCCUUGUUCCUAUGAAGUAGACUGCCACUAUGGAAAACGUGAAAAACUUGUGUAUGAUUGAGGAAUGUUCAUAAUGAUUUGGCCUUCGGGUCUGCUGGCCCUGGAAUUUUCUGGUAGACACACGGCAGCGUGAUGGACAUUGGCUUCCCCUGGCUCCCUUGCCGAAGGGUUUAAAAUAAGAUUAGGAUGGUUUCUCGUGGGCAGAAAAAUCGAGCUGGGGCGUUGUCUCGAGUGACGGUAAUCUAGAGCAGCUUGCGGUUGAAUAUUUAUGUUUGAUAACGAUGCUCCUGCAAACACUUUGUAUUGAUGAUGCAACUAAAACAAUUUUUUCACGGCUAUUCCUUGACAAGUGCUUGUAGACAUGCAUGCUAAACUUAUCCACGAUUUGUGUGCUCGUGAGGUUUGCUAAACUUAUCUACGAUAAGUGUGCUCGCAAGGUCACAACAUCUUUCUUAUAGUUCUAAUUAGAGGCCGAUAGAGCCAAAAUCAUAACUAGUUAAUGGAUGUAUUAAAUCAUCUGUUACUGUUGUUUUGAAGUAUUUUGCAUUAAAAAGAAAAAGCAAAGGUGUAAA